AUGGACAAGUCUUUGCUCGUAUCAAAGACGGGGCCGCUAGAUGGAGAUGUGGCUGUCAUGGAUGCAGAAGACGAGGAGCGACCUGGAGGAAGGAGCGGGAUGCGAGCGCGAGAUGGCAUGGAGGGAAUAGCGGCAGAGCCCUCACCACUGACCAAGACCACCAGAUCUUUCUCGGACGGCGACAGCACGCCCGGCCGCCCGAAACUGUCCCCAUCUCCACUUAUACUCGAAUCCGACCGUCGAACGUCCAAGGACGACAGCGCGAUCCGCAACACUGUGCCGGCCGCUCCGGUGACACCAAGCAGGCCCGACUUUGUCCAGCGCGGGAGCAUUCUUUCAUCCUCUCUACACAUGUCACAACAGGCAACAGGCACCGCGGUGGCGGGCGGGCGCGCCGCCGGCUUUGCCACCGAUUCCAUGCAGCCGCAGCAGGCCAAGCAGCCGCCACUCUCUCCGAAGCUCGACCACUCACAUAUCUACGCAUCACCAACGAGCGCGUUGCCCCGAAGAUCCCGCGGUCUCGAUUUUUCCCGCGCCGCCACCAGCCUGCACCAUUCAACACUAGCGGAGCAGUCCUCCCCGGACUCCUCGCCCACGCACGCUGGGAGGGGAGCUAUGAACAUACCAGGCGGCGGAUCAAAACGCUUCGGCUCAGGCUUUGGUGCCGCUGAGACAUCGACAAACUCGUUGUGGUCCAUGAUGGGCAACCACGAGAAGAUGCACAUCUCGAGCUCUGUGGGCAGCACCGCCCACUUGGCCGCCUCGGACUCGUCGUCCAGUUCGGAUCUGGACGAUGAUCUGAUGGACGAAGACGUCCCGGACGAGCCCUACGUCACCACCCCUCAGAUAUCGAGGACGACAAUGGUGCCGGGUCUGGGUAGCACUUACUCACCAAGCGCACCAGGGUUGAAUGGCCCCUUGGGAGGAUCACCGGCAGUCAACAGCUUGCUGUCAUUUCAACAGCGUCAACGGCCGCGGAAGCAGCCAAAGAAAAAGCUGCGCGGUCCGAUCGGGCUUGGGUUCAACUCGCUUGCUGGACACGGUGGUGGCCUUUCUGCUUGCAAGUCGCCCCCGAACUCGUUGGGGCGUGACCCAAAUCCGCAUUCCCGCCGGGAGAGCAUCAGCUGGGCUGCUAACCAGCUGAACCUGUCAGGGAACGAGAGCGACGAUAACAUAAAGCCUCGCGUGUUGGACAGUAUAGAAGGCGCCAUGGGAGCACCGGGUCACGGUAGCCAGAACGAAGUGAUACGGCGUGUUGUCCACAGACGAGGGAACUUAUUGCCCAAAACUAAAGCCUUUGCCCGUAUGCGCGCUGCUCUUGCAGAGGAAAACGCACCCAUCGACAACGAGGUACGCCGCGAGGCGGAAGUUGUCAGACAGGUGCGCGACAGCGAUGUGGUAGAACACACUGCUCGGGCACCCCCACCAGCGCUGUCGGUAGCGACAACGGCACUGUCCAGUCCGACCAUGGGCGUGAUGCAUGACGUUGAUGAGAUGGUAGACGACGCCAUGGUAGUCGAUACAGGCGCAGUGGUUGGCUCUGUAUCAGCCUUGGGUCUCUCGUCGAGUUUUAAGCAGCAGAUUAUGAAAAAUUCCAGACUCAACAAGAACCUCUGGGACACAUUUUCAGAAUCAUCGAGCAUCGGGGGUGCCGGCGGCACAACGCCGCCACCUCCGUCGCUACCCCGUGGCUCUUGCUCAGCCAUGAGUGUUAACAACGACGACGUGAGCAUGGAUUCGCCCUCGACCAGCUCGGCGCCGUCCGCUGCCAUGAUUGCCACCGGGGGCAUAUUUCCCAUGUCCAUGACGACGCGGAGCAGCUCCGCCGGUGACACCCCCCAGCAGCCGGGAUCCGGGACGAUGGGUGCCCCUCAGCAGAUGCCACCCACUGCGGCAGAGAUCACACGGCGCAUCAACAACAAGCGAAGACGAGACGACGACUUUGACCCCGUCAGCUUCAAGCGGCGUGCGGUGUCGCCGGGCGUCAGCGCGCACAAUUCGCCCAUACUGCAGAGCCCGCUCCAGCGCGACAUUCCGUGGGGCUCACGGCCUGGGAGCAACGGCCAUGAUCGUGCCGGAGGCAGCGAGAGCGGAGGAAGUCAGGUGGGAUCCCAGCCGCCGCAGGGGCAGUGCAACCGUGCCGGUGGGCCCAAAGGCCGCGUCGGCUACCAAGGCAUGGUCGACACAAAUGACGGCAUCACGAAGCUGAGUAUCGAGUAG